GCGACCGUCCGUCACAACAUGGAGUCAGAGGGGCAUGCUGCAGAUGUAAACAAAACACCUGCAGAGAACCCCUGCGAGCAGCAAGGACAACAUAUGCAUGGUUCAGAGGGAUUCAGACAACACACAAAUCCUGACGACUUUUCAAGGCCAUUUAGUAACACUCAGGAUUCAAGCGCACUGAUAAACAGACCUGAGACUUUACAACUAGAGUUUCAGGAUAGUCAGCUGUCACCUGCACUAACCCUGCUGCCCUGCCUUGACAAACCCCACACUCUUUCUGACUCCACAUUUCUUCAGCAUACAGAUGCAGAAUUUGUCCCCCUACGGGGAUUUCCUGACCUCUCAGUUAUUUCUGAGAGGUGCGCCAGGAUGUCACAUGUUGGCACAGCUGGUAAUUCCCACCUCCAUGACACUAUUCAUGACCAGGCCACACUAUCCCAGCAUCCUUUAGAGGUGCCUGAAGCUCUAUCAGAAGUCGAGAGUAGCUGUUGUUCACUUUCCCAGCACCGUCUGUCACCUGACAACCAUUGCAAGGCAAUCAAGGAUGGAGAGAGUGUUUCAUGUGGUUCUGAGAACAAAAUCGACAGACACAUGGAAGGAGAGGAGCAGAGUGCUGCUCAAUGGCGUAGUAAGGGAGUGUCUGCUCGAUCCUUAUUAGUGUUUGGGGAAGAGGAUGUUGGUGUGGCUGUUAGCAGCAGUAAUGCAGUUUCCUCUUCCUCUAAGACUGCUCUUAAUCAGCUUGAAGCCAUUUCAGAUCAGCAAAACACAGCAAAAACCCAGUUAGAACUUUCCAUGAAUGUUCAAACAGACAGAGAGCAACCACAAGGGGGUUCAUUAUCAUCUUCGUUUCAGAAAACUACAGGUUCAACAGUUGGUGCAGAUGUGUCAAAUAUUACUUUUCGUGAGUCUCGUAUGCAUUUGCACCAAACGUCACAGAGUCUCUGUGAUCAGCUUCUGUGUGUGGGAGAGAGAGGAUCCAUCUCUGUGCCAUCAAGUAGACCCCAAAGUGGGAACAAAAGCUCUAAUAGUGGGCUUUAUGUCGCACCAGCCAGUGGAGGUGUGAUGCACGUGCCAGGUCAGCAGAGGGUGCUGUGGUCCUCAGGUAAUCAAACAGCAGCAGAUGAUUCAUUCUUAAACUCCCACCCUGUGUCUCAGUCCACACCUGCUGUACUUCUUAUGAGACCCCCACCAUCAUUGACCAAACUCUCCCUCAUAGAUUCCCAACAAGAGUCAGUUGCCACCGAGGCUGCAUCAUCUCAAAACAGCCAUUUAAAAACAGGCUUAAUACCAUCUUUGGACUUAAACACUGUGGAUCAACAUUCAUCUCCCAUCUGCCCUCAGACAACAGUUACAGUUCCAAGUGGGCCUUCCUUAUGCUCAGGGACUGCCCAUAAGUUUUUACAUGUCCAUCCUGUUUCUUACGAACAAGAGACUCCCCCUGUUUUCAGUCCACAUGUCCCUGAUGCACCUUGCUCAGACAGACCGUCUUUGUACUCUGGUACAGAGAUGAAAGAUCAUGUUUCUCGUCUGGCUCUUGGGAGAGUACAGUCUCUCCCCAGUCUGAACUACUUACAAAAAGUAGAUGCCUGGAAGGCCAGUCAGAAUUCCAGCAGCUCAUUUUAUGAUGGUGUAUCACCUAAGAAAAAAGCACAGGACGCAGUAUCUGAGACACUUAACAGCAUGCUUUCUCGAGACAUGCAUCAGGCAUCUGGUGCUAAUGCUAGCUCUCAGAUGACUCCGCCACCUCUUUCUUCAUCUCACUCUGGAAGCGUCUCACCCAGUCGGGUGGAUGUAGUUGGGGCAGGUGUGGGUAGAGGACAAGCAGUUGAGUCAUCUGUCAAUCGUUCUCACUCUCACUCUUCCCUGAGCUCUGUAGUAACCUCUAUUCAAAGAGACAUGGGCACACAUAUUGGGCAAGUUCUAGUGGGACAAACUGAUGAUGUCAUUCCAACUACCAGAUCAUUGGGAAAUCAGUCAUCUUUACUUUCAGGUGGGAGGAGUGGAGGAGUGAAUAGUUCAGCUAUCCACAUGGAAAAAAGCUCUGUCAAGCUCUCCCCUCUCAUCAGUCUUGUUCACUUCAGUGAUGUGUCAUCAAGCCUCAACAUGAGCAGCACUCUCUCCAGUUCUCAAGGCAGUUACCAUGGUGAGCAGAGUAUGCGAGCAUCAGUUGGAGCUGCCUCUUCUGUAGUGAGUCUUGAGGUAGAUAAUUAUGCACCCUACUGGACCUCUGGACAUGCAUCCCCUUCCCACACCAGGGAGCUCAACAUUGAAGACAGGAUCCCUAUGUACCUCCUAAAUUUGGGUAUCGACCAGUCACCAUCAACAAUACUAAAUCCAUUUACUCGUCGAGGACCAAUCAGAGAGCCUGAAUUCUCUCCUACUGACCUAUGCACCAUCAAAGGCUCCAUAGGAACGCCAACAAAAAGUACACAGCCAUCUGAAGUUGACAGUCUUCAGAAGGAGACAUUCUCCAGUUCUAGUCAACUUUCAGCCGACUCCAUUGCGUCUGUCACACACCACCUGUCAGUGCAUGAGCAAGGCCAACCAGCCAGUCAGAGAAGUGAGAGGACAAUAUUCAGUCAGACGGAUACUCCACCAGGACUAACAUUGCAUCCUUCAUCAGGCCUACAACAAUCUGAUGCUCCACAACAUGAAGGAUGCCUACCGAUCCAACUCAGCCCAGAAUCUAUGCCUGCUCCUCCUGGGCCUAGAGUGGAGGUGAAGGAGGAUGAUGACUCUCUUGUGGCCUCCGGCACACUGCAUGAAAUCAGGCAUUUGCUGGGCUGUGCAGAAAGUCUGGUCUCUGGUCGAUCCUCUCUGACUUCCUCCCCUGGCUCGCACCGCCUAUCAGAGAGUGACACGUCCCUUGUUUCUCUAGGCCGAAACUCACGAGUUUAUGAUGACACAUCUCUGUCUACUGGUGGGAAAUUCUCCCUGCUGCUGACUCGCUCUUCAUCUGACUCAGCUUUGAAAGGAAGCUCGUCAUCCAGCCAGGGGCAACAACGGAUUUCCAUACAGACUGACCGCACAACUACAGAGCUUGCCGCUCUCUCUCUGAGCAGAGAAGGAAGUUUGAAGUCACAUGACCUCUGUGUGACCCCAAGGCGUGCCGAGCCGGAGGGCUGCAGUGCUGCAGACCCAGAUAAGGCAAAGCCGCCUACAGCACUGUCUGUAAUGCAGAUGAAUGUCCCUUCAGGGGCAGGGAACCUUCCUCAGAACCAGGAGCAGACUGAGAAUGCUGUGCUUGGCUCAUCUGAGACUAGUCUAUCUAAUGUCUCUGCAGAGGUUGGAAGUCUAAGUGACAGCAGCAGUGAGAGUUCAUUGGCUGCCAGAGUUGCCAAGCUACUGCAGAGUGAGUCACCUGUUUCUAUGGUUACAAGCCGGCCAAGCACAGCUGACUCAGAAGAUAGCCGUGCCCGAGAAUGGAUCCUGAUGAAGGUUUCUGGUCGCCGAUGUGAAAGUUUAGAACUUAAUGCUGAGGACAGAGCGAGAAUUGAAGACAUUAAGAGAGAGCUUCUACUGGACACCAAACACACCAAGUCGAGCUCAGAUUCAGAGGGCAGUGCUCAGUCCAGUGUUGGUGUUGGAUCUCAGCCUGUGAAGGAUUUUUUUGGGGAGCACAACAUCUCAGAGCAGCCACAGAAAGCCGGUCAGAAACCUUUGGACUCCAGUGUUCUGUUUCACAUGCUUUUACAGCAGGACCUGGAGGCCAAAGUUCAUCAGAUCGCCCUCAGAGAGGGGUUCAGCCCACCACCUCUAACUUCUAUUUCCAUUGCAACCACACGUCGAACUCAAUCUCCACAGUUGCCAUCACAUUACCCUGUCAAAGGUACUGUGGAUUUAGGUCAUGUUGAUCCCGGGCAUGAGACAUUACAGCACGAUAGCCACCAACGAGAAACAGAUAACAAUCUUGUAGUAACUGAUCUACAACAGAAACAUCAGCCAACCAUAUUCCUAAAUGUAUCUGACAGAAAGAAAGAGAUGGAGGGUGAAGGAGAACAUAGAGAAGAGAAGGAAAGAGAAGAAUCAGCAGAUGAAAACAGAGAUAAUGCUGUUACAAAUGAUCCCCAGAUUGUCCAAAGAAUGGCUCAUAUGGAUUAUAUUGCUACAGACAUUAACCAAAGUCUGUCCAGCACUGUGUCUGGUACAAACAAUAAGUCCCACCUCCCCCAUUUACAUGUCACCAUAUCACCCAAACAACAGUCCAGUUCUAUCAAAUAUCAAUCAAGCAGGACGUCAUGUCAGAACACAUUCAAAGAUGUCCAACCCCCAAGACACUCCCCCAUGAUGCCAAGCACUGCAGAUGUACAAUUCCCAUCCACUUACCCAACCGUAACAUCAAAUCAGGCCAGUUCAUUUGAACACAGAGAGCCAGCUCAAGGCCAGAAUGCUGGCACAGUAAGUGCACAUUUGCAGGCCAGAUACCCACAAACCUUAACUCCCUCUCAGAGGUUGGCUGGCACAUCAAGGACUCUCUCUGUCCAAGCAGCAGCUGUCCCUACACUAUUGCCGUACAAACCUCACGGUAGCUCCAAGCUGUUCUAUAUGCAGCAGGCUUAUCCGGAGCUUUCUCCUGAUUGCUCUGAUACAACCGUUGAAAGCUCCCACCCAGGGUCUGACGAUGCUGUGCCUCCACGCUUCAAUAUAGAAAUUUUGGGCUCUAGAGAGCUAGAGGACAACAUUAUUACACCAAAACACAAGGAAGGCAUCUACAGUAAGCGGGCCAAUAUGAAGAGAGUUUCCUCCAAUGUCUCUGGAAGUGGCCUUCCAGAAUCAGUAGUCAGUGUUACUGGCCGAUAUGACAGUACUGCUCUUGAAGUUUCUGAUGUCUCCGAGAAGGACAUGGAGUUUUCUUGCAUUGAUCAGGAGUAUGAAGACGAGGACAAAAAUUUUGUCCCCUUGCACAUGGAGGCAGACUACAGUACACAUGGUGUGCACCUUCACAGCAGCACCAUGCAGGAGCCUAAAUUGCCACCAGAAUCACACCAUUUACCUUCUCAGACAAUCAGAAAGUCCUACAGAGUAAACACGAAAGGGCAGGAAAGAAGCCCUCAUGAUGUUAGUAUGGAGAUUAGCAGUUCUCUGGACCAACUGUGGCGGCGCUUCAGUGAAAAAUGGAGCAUGGAGGAGACCCGACCUAGCAGUGAGAGAGAUACUUCAUUGCUUGAUAGACUAGAACGUCUAUCUCGUCUCAUUCACAAUACCACUCCGACACAGAAACCCAUCAAACAACCAGACAGCAGGAGUAGAGAAUAUGAAAGGAGUGAUCAUCAGGAGGGGAAAACAGAGGAAGGAGAGAAGAGAGAAAGAAUGCAGUUACCAGUGGCUCCAAAGCAAGCAUGGGCUGAGCAGGAAGAGAACCAAGAGAAUGUACACCGCUGUCCUGCCGAGAGAGAUGAGUCUGCAAGCGUGUCCAUGGAAACGAGCAGUAGCCUGUCCACCAUUGACACAGAGCGGCUGCUCCGAGCUUUUGGACCUCAGCGGGUCACCAGUAAAGGGCUGAAAAGCAAUGACAGCUUGCUCAAACUUUACAACACCAUCAAUAAGCAGAAAACAGGCCGAAGGAAACCCAGCUCUAAACAUGCUGCGGUAUCUAUUAAUAUGGAGAAUGUCAGCACGGAUGACUCCACAGUCUCUGCUGACUCAUUGUCAUCUUCAAGCACUUUCUCCCUUCCUUCUCAAAGAGGUGUCUCCCACAGCCACACUACCAAAAGGUCAAAAGUCAAACUGGUCAGCAAAGGUGUGCAGGCAGGCGAUUUGGAAAUUGUGAUGAAUGGCACACGCAGACACACCCGGGAUGUAGGCACCAUCUUUCCCUCACCUGGUGCCUUCAGAAGUGUCCAUUGGCCAGACACAUUAAGCAGCGGUGUUCAUGGUGGCAUUACCAUCCCCACUGCUUCCACAGCUAACCCCACCCAAACUCCAGCAGCUCUCAAAAGAGACACCUGCAACAAGGGCAUCCGGAAUCAUUACCCAAACGGUGUGUCUUGGUUUGUCUCUGCUGAUGAAUUGAAAUCUGAUGGUCCUAAGGAAAACCAGGUUGAAUCAGCUCCUUCCCAAAGCCAGGCCUGGUUUGAGGCUUACAGCAGAUCUCGACCCUGGAGAGAACCAGUUAGAGAACCACUGAGAGAGAGACAGAUCCAGGUGGAACAAGAGAGGCCAACAGAAUCUAGAACAGCUAUAGAAACAGAUAGCUGUGGCAAGCUCUCGGCUCUUGUUCGCCUUUCGCUGCAGGAAGCUCUGGAGCUCCAUCGGCCAGAGUUUGUGUCUCGUUCACGGGAGCGAAUGAAGCGGUUAGGGUUGCUGGUUGAGGAGAGGAGGUUGCAAGCAGUCUUUGACAGAGAGAGGGAAGAGCUUUUCAACUGCCCCAGACCAACACGUCCACUCAGACCAGCUCCAGUACCCCGAAAACAAGUUGUUCCAAGGAGAGAGAUGGUCCAACGAUCCAAAGAGAAAUACGCACAACUUCCAGAGGUCCAGAAAAGGAGAGAGGAGGAAAGGAGACAGGCUGAGUACCGCUCCUAUCGCCUCAGUGCUCAACUCUUUAACAAGAAAAUCACCAAUCGAGUGUUGGGAAGAAGAUCACCUUGGCAGUGAUGUUAACUGAAAUCUACUCAAGAUAUCUAAAAGCUGUUCUUUGAAUCUGACAGGUCCUUUAAGUGCUAUAUAUGGGGUAAUAUUUUAGACUAGUUAUGGGAGUGUAACUUGAUAUGUGUGAAUUCUGAAUUCAGGUGUGAGAUUUUAUUUAAUGUAGUUGUGAAUGUGAUCUUAUAUAUCCUUCUGGAGUUGCAGUGUUGGAUUGCUUAAUUAUGACUGUUUUAUUAUUAUAUUAUAGUUUUUUUUAAAUAAUUGUUUUAUAUAAAUUGUUUGAUAAUGUCUGUGUUUGCUAAUUUUUUAAAAUAUUUUUUAUGAAGCAAUUAAAUAAGAAACAG